UCAUGACGCAUGUCUUGAAAAUAUCCAUUGCCUUGCUUUUGUGAUUGAUGACUAUCGUUAUUUUGGCGUUUCUUCAUCUACUUUUUAAAAUCGUUAAAUUCUCAACGUUGUCAGUAUUAAAUAAUUUUGCGAAAUUUUGGGAAAAAAUGCCUUUAUCACACAUGUAAUAGUUUUUUCGUGAUUAUAAUGCAAAAUUAGGGAAAAUAUGAAUAAUGUUUGAGAUAGAAAAAACAAUCACGUAUUUUUCAGUUCUUUUGUGAAAUGUCUAACCAUGUAUGCUGGAAUGUGACAAAAUAGCAUGAAGAUAAAAUGAAGCAUGUUUUUAAAUAAUUUUUAAGUAAUCUAAUGCAAUGUAGAAAUGGUCAGCACUGGAAGAAACUGGUAGGAUAAUUUUUGAACCUGCAACAAGUUCAUUUGUUUCCUUGAACGAAAACAAGUCAACGAUGAAACAGUCACUUGAAGAAAUUAUAAAGUUUGUGAACGAUGAGGCAACAAGAACACUCUUACCACUGAUUAUUACCUUAUUCUUCAUUAUGGUGAUGGGUGUAAUUGGUAACUGCUUAGUCGUCUUUAUCUAUAAGUUCAAACUACCUCUCACACCGUCAAGUUUGCUGGUGGUUUACUUGGGUUGUAAUCAGAUUGUGGACAGCAUAAUAUGUAUGCCAAUGGAUAUUUUUAUUCUUUUUCAUUCGUAUAAUUUCCCAGAUGAUCGUCUUUGUCGUUUUAUGCAAUCUUUCAUUUUCGCAACGUCUACUGUGUCAGGAUUGAUCAUAGUUGUAAUAGCUGUGGAUCACUUUAAAAAGAUUUGUCGGCCAUUAAAGCGACAGUUUACAAAACAAGAUGUCAACAAAAUUAUCUGCAUAAACAUUGCAAUAAUAUUUCUGAUUGUGCCCAUGCACAUUUUUGUAAGUGGAGUCAGGCAAGUUCGCACAUUCCAUGGAAAUGUAACAGGUACUACGUGCUCUAUUUCCGAUAAGAAUAGUCCAGUCUUUCCACUCGCUUACUUUAUCUUUCUGUUACUUGUAUUUUCGAUGUUAGUUACAGUGUUCAUUGUAAUCUACACUAUGACCAUUCAGAAACUGAGGAAAUACAAUAAACAAAGGGAAUUAUUAUUGAUCGGUAGACUAUCACGAGAAACUUGGUUAAAUUCUGUCAGACCCUCGACAACUGAAGGAAUUUCAGAAUCGGAUAAACAAAAUUCCACUACUUCACAAGAGCAAUGUUAUAAAAGAUAUUAUGACGUAACCCAUAUCACACUGAAUAUGCUUUGCAUAACUCUCUCAUGGUGUUUCAGCUUUCUCCCUCAUUUUGUACUAACUUUCAUAACUGCAGAAAUUAUUUUCGAGAGACAGUUUAUGCAUAAAUCAAGAGAUUCUUUGGUAAACUUAACUUUGAAUUCUUAUUAUAUAAACAAUAUAACUAUCCCAAUACUUUACAUAAUCUUCAACCGAUCUUUCAGGCAGGAAGUUAUGAAAUUCUUUAAAAAAAUAUGCUUUGUGCAACAGAUGUAAUAAACCAGAAGAAUAAAAACAAUGUCUGAUUUUUGUUAUGUAGCUCUA